CCUGGAGAUGGCGCUUCCAGCGGUUCGGCGACAGCUGAGGGAGAAUGCGCUGCGCUCCCUCCAGGCACUGCUGCCGGGCACGGUCCCCGAGGAGGCUGUUGCAGCGGCCGCCGCCCUCGCCGCGCAAUCCGCCGAGGUAGCAUGCCUGCAGCGUCUGGUAGCGCACGUACCAACCGCCGUACGACACCACAUGGACGAGCAAGUUAAACAUGUCGUACGGGAGAUCCUGCGAGACGUGGAGCGUCAGGCGGCGGAGGCACGAGAGCAGCUGGUUGCUGAUGGCGGCGACGGUGCCGGCGGCGGCGAGGUGUCUGCUGGAGCGGACGAUUCUUCCAUGACACCCGCUGCUGCUGCUGCUGCUGCUGCUGUUACCUCGACGGCAGAGGUGGCAAGGCUAGCCGAAGAAGCGCAGCGCGUAGGAGGACGAAGCAGUGGCGCGGAUGCUGAACCCAAGG